AUGACGCAUCCCACGAUGAUGCGGCCGCCUCCGGUGGACCCGGCGCGGUCGAUGAUGGAGAACAACCUGGAGGUGACGGAGAUGUCGGUUCUAGGGCCUGACGUCUAUACGAACGCGCGGCCGCCAUGGCACCCGCCGGGGGCGCGCGGCAUCUACGGCGGAUCGGUGGUGUCGAUGUGUCUGGCGGCGGGCCAGCGGACGGUCGAGCCGGACUUUGCGCCGCACAGCUGCCACUGCUACUUCUUGCUGGCCGGCAACGCUGCCAUUCCGAUCCUGCUGCACGUGGAGCGCGUGCGUGACGGCCGGUCCUUUGCCACGCGCACGGUGCAGGCUCGCCAGCGGGGACGCUGCAUCUUUACGCUGACGGUAUCGUUUGCGCGGAUGCCACCCAAGGACACGAGCACGAGCAUGUCCACGACCGCUCCUCUCCACCAUGCAGUCGCCAUGCCGACGUCACGGCCACUCCAGCCGCCUGCCGACUGGGAUGACGACGGCGGAAUCGAGCCGCGGCUCUUGCGGGCGCUCGGCAUCGCUCCGGUCGAGCAGCCGGUUGUGGCCGGCCCCAUGCACAUCGUCGGCGACGUCGACGCGCUGCCGCACCGCAAGAAGACACAGCAAUGGGUGCGCGUGCGCGGACGCAUCUCGGCGGCUGGCGGCCGCGCAGCCCAUCUCUGCGCCCUCGCCUACCUCAGCGAUCGCUACUUUAUCGGCACCAUCUGCCGCCUCCAUCGCCUCUGGCGCCUGCCCUUUUCGGUCGAGAGCGUGCUCGGCGAGGACGACGUCGGAGACGAGAAGGACGACGACGACGACGACACCACCACCUACAACCAGCUCGUUCGCAGCAGCCCUUCGCUCCGCCAGCUCAUCCGCCAACACGUCGAGGCUGAGAGCGGCGGCGUCCCCCUCGAGGCCUACCGCGGACGCCCUCGUCUCGGCAUGGUCGUCAGCCUCGACCACACCGUCUACUUCCACGAACCCGAUCGCGUCUGCGCCGACGACUGGAUGCUCGUCGAAAUGGAUAGCCCCUGGGCCAACAGCGGCCGCGGCGUCGUCACGCAGCGCAUCUUCAGCAAGGACGGCAUGCUGCUGGCCACCUGCGUCCAAGAGGUGCGUGCAGCUGAGAACAGGACAGCAGUCAGAGGAUGCUAA